UGCUUAUGACGUUACGAGUUUGGUGUGUAUAUUUUUCUGUUUUCUGUGCACUAUGAAAUUUAUUUAGCGCGGUUAUUAUUAUACACUCUUAUAUAGACUUUUUUCUAAAUAUUUUCGUAAAGUAAGUUCGCAUAUGUGAUCUGCCGAAAAAGUACGUUGAACUUUGACGCUUCAUAAUAUAAUUUAUUGCUCCGAAUGAAAAUGCAGUGGACAGCUGUGGUUACUGCUAUCUGUGGAUGACUGGAUGAAGAGUAACGAAGCUGUGAGUACCUUUUGUUGAAAAUGUGGGCUCUCCAGAUAACUUGUUUGACCUCAUGAACUUUCUAAUGACUAAAUGAAAACAAAUUAUGGAUGUUGUUUUUGAAUCGGGAAAUAUCGCUCAAGGUUCCGGUUGUUUUUUGAUAAUGGAUAACGAUAGUGGUUAUGUUUCUAACAACUUAGAUCAAGAAUCUAACUCCGACUCAGUACCAGAUACUUUGAACAAUUCAUCUGUAGAAAUAUUGAAAUCGCUUCUGCCUAAAUCUGUCUACAUUAGCGAAGAUGCUCUCCUGGAGCGUCCAGAUCCAGAUCAAACUAUCACAGCUACUACCAGCGAAGAGGGUAUUCAAGAAUUUUCGGUUUGGAAUUCUGACAAUUUGUCUAAUGUUGUGUUGAAUUGUGCCAAUGCUGCAGCAGAAUGUGCAGCUUUACCUAAGUUCAAUAGUUUUCAAUCCGAUUCAGGUAGCUCAAUCAAUUCCGUAGUGGUUCCAAUAGCUCCACCCAUAUAUUAUGAUUUAAACAACAAACUGAAUUCAAGUCCUCCCCUCUUGAAUGAUGAUGAAAAUAUCAGCAGUAAUCCUAGUGAUGGUCCAUUUUUUGGAUAUGAAAAUGUUCCUAUGGAAGGUACAAAUCUAGCGUUCAGAAAUUGUUUCGAUAUUUGCACAAAUGGGUACAGUUCAACUGAAAACCAGAUCAAUUCACUGUUUUUGGGAUUCUUGAGUAAUACACAGAAACAUACAGGAAAGAGUCCUUCUGUGAAAGAGGCUAUUUCACCCAGGGAAGGACCCAAUAUUUCCGAAACAGAAACAGAUCCUACAGUCAAUGAAAUCUUGGUACAAAAAUCUGAUACUCCUGAAGAAACACAUGGACCUUUUGUUGAAAAAAGUUCUGACCCAGUUGCAGAUGAUUCUUUGAUCAACAUAGAAGAUCUUCCUGUUUUUAUUGAAGAGUAUCCUAUUUCAUCAGGGAAACCUGAAGAUGCUACAAUAUUAUCUACCAGUGUAUUGUUGAAGAAUGAAACAAUGAACAAUGUAACUCCUCUAAAGUUGGAAAAUAUUGAAGUUGAAGAAAUUUCGAAUGUUAGAAAUGAUGGAAGCUGUUCAUCCGCAUGCGUUCUAGAUUUGAAUAAUGAAACCAAUAAUGCAGUUAGUGUUCAGACAGAACAACUUCAAGACAAAACCAAGAUAUCAAAUGAGACAGAAACCGGAAGUAAUGUUCUCACAAAUGUGACAAAUAUUAGUAUUCGUGAUAUUGAAGAAGCAGGUCCAAGUAAAAUCUCCAUCCCACAGCGGAGAAAUUCGACGAAAAACAAGGAGAAUUUCGCUGAAACUUUCAAGACGCCAAGCAAAUGCCGUAAAAGGAAAUUCAGCGAAGUGGGAAGCCCUGACUUAUUUUCUGAUGAUGAGAGCAGUAAGGCCAAACCUUCGGCCUCUCCGAAAAUUAUUGAGGAGAGGUUCGUUCACAAAUUUGAUCAUCGGUUGAUCAAGAGAGUGCAAAAGACUUUGAGCGGUGUGCCCCCACCACCGGACCUAACCAUCACUAGAUUGACUGUGGAUGACAUCUUGGAAAAACUGGAGGCGAACAAAAGUUACUUUUGGACCACAGAAAAUCUGACGCAAGCGACGAUAGAAAAAUCCGAGGGAGAGAAGGCAUCGUUGAAUGGCAGUCACAAUUCGUCACUCGGAUGCACUAGUUCGAUACUGAUUGAAGGUCAGCAUGAAGAAGCCGUCAAUAAGGAGUUCCCAGACAUCCUCUAUUCAAGGCAUCAUGGGUUACAUUAUAACCGGAGCAAACUCUCCGAAGAAAUAGAACAUUUAUGUGAUAAAUACGCAAAGAGGUACAUCGGCGCCGAGACGCAAUCCACCUGUAAUGCCGUAGAGACUGAAUACAUGAGUCCUGGCAGACGCAAAUCUGCAAGGCCAAAGUGGGCUGUCAAAUCGCCAGGCAGACGGCUGAGCCAUUUGGCCAAGAGACGGAUCACAUUCUCAAGCGCAAGUUUGCAGGCCAGCAGUUCGUCGAGUGCUGCAUCUAGGGCCAGACAGAUCUUGAUCGAUUAUAAAAAACUGGAGCUGCUUAACAGGAAGAAGAGUCCGAAAAAGAGCCCCAUAAAGACGCCCAUGAAAUCCCCAAUGGCCAGCCCUUCCAAUGGUAGAACUCCUAGCAGUUCGGCUAAAAAGAAGUUGAGAAUGCGUUUCCGUUUACUCUCUGGGGAUUUCAAGGAAAUGACCUCGGAACCGAGCUCUAGUGCAUCCAGUUCCAAAAGGGCUCUAUUCCAGAGUCCCGACAAAGAAACCAAAUUUAAACAUAUGUUAACGGGCGCAUCCACUGCCGUGAACUCCUCAUUCGAAAGGGACCUGGCCAAUCGGGGCGCCAAAAGAUCCUUGUUUUCCUCCCCGAACAAGAUCUCUUGCAGAGCCUCGCUCUUUCCGUCGCCCAACAAGAAGUCGCCCUUCAAGAACCAACACACCUUCGAGAAGAAGAGGAAGAGGGACGACGACGACGAGAAUAUCGCCAAUCAACCCAAAUUCUUCAGAAGCCAGUCCUACGCCGAACGGGAAGUGAAACCCGAAAGUUCCUUGACGAGGACAAAGAGCGAAAGCGUAUUGGUGAAUUCGCAGACAAUGACUGAUUUGAGCGCUGCUAAUAAGAAGAAAUUGCAGUGGGCUGUCUAUGAUUCCUUGAAGGAUCAGAAUAUAACCACUGCCCAUCCCCAGUUCAAAGACUUCGCCUGUGUUCUGGCCAGGGUUACUAGAAGGUGCAUCGUUUCCUCCAAUAUCCGCCUAGAAGGAAGUGGGACCAGCGAGAAAAUUCUCAGAGUCGCGAGACGUCAUGUUUACGCGGUCGUUAAGGGAAAAUCGGUGGAAGAAAUAAUGAGCGAAGUGCACAAAACCAGGGUUAAAAAUAUAAAACCCCAAGGGUACAUAGCCCCCCAAGACUAUAACCCCUUCCCUCGUGAGUCCAGCUAUAGCAGAGAGUCCGCCUUGAGAGACAGAGAUAGCAACAGCGGCGACUCAGUGACUAAAAGUUCCUCCUCCCAAAUGACUACGAACAAACCGGAAAGUAGGAUUGAUCGUAUACGUAAAGUGAUAAAUUUCGAGGACAACAGAUAGGGUGUGAUUUGUACAUAAUAUUCAAAUAUUUGCAUGAAGACUGAGGAACUGGUUUAGGUUAAUCGACAGCUGUAAAUAUUUAUGGAUGUAUAUGAGAAUAUAAUCCGAAUAUGAUUUUUUAUUUUUAUUUAUUUGGUCAAUUAUAAAGGAAGGUAUUACACUUUGUGGGUGAGAUUUAUGGAUGAUGCGAGUUUAUGUUUUUAGGAAAGUUUUAAAUGGUAUUUGAUAUUGUGACGCACAGGUAAGAAGGAAAUUUUUAAAUAAUAAUUAGGGUGUGUUAAAGUGAUUUGACAGCAUUCAAUCCAGAGUGUUCAGCCAUUAGAAUCACAUUAGUGUAGGUUGAAUGAUUGGAAUUAUUCCAAUGGGACACGUCUCUAGAUGAACGCUUGCCAACCUUUAAGGAUUUUUAAGAAACGCUUAAAAUGUAAAAAUAUUUUCUUUGAUUCCAUUUGUGCCUUAAUCAAUCAACAGAGUAUUAAUAAAGUUGGUGAGCGUUUUUGAUCUCGUCCAUUGUUAUUUGUUCGAAUAACAAAGUAUCAUGAUUUAUUUUUUUUUUCUUCGGAGUUGGUUUUUACCAGGAAACCAUUUUUCAGCCUGAUGACUGAUUGGAUCACUGUUUAGAUAGGAACCCUCAGUGUCUUCAUAAUAUUAUUUAAGUAGCCAAUUUUUGUUGUAAAUAUUGCUUUAGAGGGAGUUUCGAGACAUUUCAAGAGUAUUUCUACACAGUCUGGCUUGAUGUGCUCAAUUUACCAUCUGUGAGUGAUACUCUGAAACCUCAAGUUGCAAUAUUUUUUCACUAUAAUAACGACAAAGUGUAAGGGAGAUUUCUCAGUUUGUCCAAAGUUACGACUGUUAUCAUUUUUUUGUUUGUAAUUUUAUUUGAUUAAUUUGUUCCUUCACCAUCGGAAACACCUUUGGAUGACACUAUCAGCAGGUCGGAUAGAAUUUUUUAUACAAACUGUGAAGUGUUGUAUUCUAGUCUACUUGUUUUAUUCUAUCGCACCUUUAAUUUUUUUAGGGGGUGUGUUUGUUACUGAGAAUUCCUAUGAUUUAUUUAGUGGUAACUUAAACUUCGACAAUAAGUUAUAUUGUAAUGCUUUGAGUUGAAAUAUAUUUGAGAAAAUUA